GUCUCGCUUUUCAAUUGCAAUUGUGACCUGGGGAAAUCGAGGCACAGAAACACACAACACACCGGACCAACCACCCCACUAGCAACAAUGGCAACAGCAGCAGCAGCAGGAGAAGGCCCGCUCUUCAGCACCGACUUCAUAUCCCCCGAGGUGCUCAGGCAACUACCCGAAGGCUACAACUGCCGGCCGCUCGAGCGAAAGGACUACCACAAUGGCUUUCUGGACGUACUCCGUGUGCUGACGACUGUUGGCGACAUUACUGAAGAGCAAUGGAACAAGCGCUACGACUGGAUGUCCGCGCGCAACGACGAAUACUUCCUCAUCUGCAUCACCGACUCUUCGGGCGCCAUUGUCGGCACUGGCGGCCUCCUCGUCGAGCGCAAAUUCAUCCACCAGCUCGGUUUCGUCGGCCACAUCGAGGACAUUGCCGUCGCAAAGGACCAGCAGGGCAAGAAGCUUGGUCUGCGCAUCAUCCAGGCGCUCGACUACGUCGCCGAGAAAGUCGGCUGCUACAAGACAAUUCUCGAUUGCUCAGAGGCAAACGAGGGCUUCUAUGUCAAGUGUGGGUUUAAGAGGGCUGGCCUCGAAAUGGCACAUUAUUAUGGUAGGUAAAGGGAUGUUGCAUGGGGACAUUUUUUGGCUGAUGGGCAUUUGUAACGAUUUCUUUUCAGCGUCUAAUGCGCGGAAAUGGGGAUUAGAUGCUUGGGUGUUUAUAUAUAUAGAGCGAGCAAAGGCAGAUGCGAUAGAGUAUGCUGAUUGGAAUGUUUCACGACUUGUUUUUUUUGUGUCGGAUUGCGAAUGAUGGAAUUGAGAGGAUGCUGCGUUUUUCGAAUUUGCAUGCUGUUUCUCAGAGUCCCGGAAAGACCAGUUUGUGGAAAAGCGGCAUAUCUUGUUCUGAUGUUAGUUCUGCUCUGCACGCUCGGGCUGUA